AUGUUGGCUGCCAUGUUAACAGGCCUCUGUAGCCCCUUCCCCCUCCUCUCCUUAGUCCAGCUCUUAUUAUGGCCAUAUCUCAGUGGACCACAACUGGCUGAGGCGGCUCCCCCUUGCCCUGCCCCCUGUACCUGCUCCAAUCAGGCGAGUCGGGUGAUUUGUACCAGAAAGGGACUGGAUGAAGUCCCACAAAGCAUCUCAGUCAACACACGAUACCUCAACCUGCAAGAAAACUCCAUACAGAUGAUCAAAUCUGACACCUUUAAACACCUGAGUCACCUGGAGAUCCUUCAGCUGUCAAAGAAUCACAUUCGUCAGAUUGAAGUUGGAGCAUUUAAUGGCCUCCCAAACCUCAUCACGCUUGAGCUUUUCGAUAAUCUUCUGCCAUUGGUCCCAUCGCAAGCAUUUGAAUAUCUUAGUAAACUGCGUGAACUCUGGCUGCGAAAUAAUCCAAUAGAAACGCUCCCAGCCUAUGCUUUCCACCGUGUUCCUUCCCUCCGUCGUUUGGACCUUGGUGAACUCCGGAAGCUCAGUUUCAUCUCAGAGGUGGCCUUUGAAGGACUAGUAAACCUCCGCUUUCUGAAUUUGGGAAUGUGUGGAUUGAAAGAUGUUCCAAAUUUGACGCCACUCGUGAAACUAGAGGAACUUGAACUUUCUGGGAACCAGCUAGGCGUAGUUCGUCCAGGAUCUUUCCAAGGUCUUGUUUCACUUCGCAAGUUGUGGCUUAUGCACUCACGCAUCUCGCUGAUUGAACGCAAUGCUUUUGAUGACCUGAAGAACCUAGAGGAGCUCAACCUGUCCCACAAUUCCUUGCAUUCACUGCCCCAUGACCUUUUUACACCACUACAACAGCUCGAAAGGGUUCACCUGAACCACAAUCCCUGGGUUUGUGGCUGUGAUGUUCUCUGGCUCAGUUGGUGGUUGAAGGAGACUGUGCCAGAUAACUCCACUUGCUGUGCUCGCUGCCAUGCUCCGCCUGGCACCAAGGGACGCUACAUCGGUGACCUGGAUCAGAGAGACUUCACUUGCUAUGCCCCUGUGAUUGUGGAGCCGCCAACUGACCUGAAUGUGACUGAGGGAAUGGCAGCGGAGCUGAAAUGUCGAACUGGGACAUCUAUGACCUCUGUGAAUUGGUUGACCCCUAAUGGAACCCUGAUGACCCAUGGUGCUUACAAAGUACGAAUCUCAGUGUUACAUGAUGGCACCUUGAACUUCACUAAUGUCACCAUGCAGGAUACUGGGCCAUACACCUGCAUGGUGACCAACUCGGCCGGAAACACCACGGCAACCGCCGUCCUCAACGUGUCUGCCUCUGACCCUGGCAGUGGAUACAGCUACUUUACAACAGUUACUGUGGAAACAGUGGAGACUGGGCAGGAAGUUCACAAUUCUGCUCGGCAAUUCGUCAAUGAGACCUUCAUCGGUUUUCCAGGACCAACAGCAUCAUCAGGGUCAACCGGACCUUCAGGGUCGGUGCCAUCGUCCCUGUCACCUCAUGUUACUCGUGCUCCAGAGCGCCCUUUCACAGUCUCUAUCACUGACGUUGCUAAUCUUUCAGGUCUUGAGGACGUAAUGAAGACAACAAAGAUCAUAAUUGGCUGCUUUGUAGCCAUCACCUUUAUGGCUGCUGUGAUGCUUGUGGUUUUCUACAAACUGAGGAAGCAGCACCAGCUACACAAGCAUCACGGUCCUGCCCGUGCCAUAGAGAUAAUCAACGUCGAGGAUGAAAUGGGGCCACCAGGGGGUGCUAGUGGCAUUGCAGGUGGUUCCACCCUUCACUCCGGGGCAGGACCAGGAACCGGGAGUGGACCUGGACCAAAUCUUCGACUCCACGACCCUGAAAUUGUCACUCUGCCCAACAUCGGGCGCUCAGAUCAUGUUAAUCACUACUACAAAACUCACCACUUUAACAACAACGUCCUGGGACUCAACAUGGGGGUGGGGCAAACUGGAAACAAGACAAGCCCCUCCUCCAAAAAACAGGCCCUGUCCACCAAUCAGACAGCCACAUCUGUUGACUCCACUAAUCCUGGAUCUGUCUCUCCACCGUUACCGAUUCCGAUCCCAAUGGCAAUGACUUUCCAUGGAACACUGAAGAGCUUCAGCCACACCCCUAGCUCUCAGAAUGAGCCUCUGCUGCUGUCCAAUGGGUCCAAGGAGAGUGUUCAGGAAACACAGAUCUAAACACACACACACACACACACACACACACACACACAAUGAAGUGUUAAGGAGCCAGUGGAUAUCAACAUACAGACAUUUGAGGGAGUUUUGUUUCGGGGACUCGGAGGAUUAUAAAAUCAAACACAUCGUUUGUACAAAGAAAUGUGACGGAAUUGGCACUACUGCGACAUGUGCCAAAGAAAACGCCUUUUGUUUUUGCAGUUUCUACAAAGUUGUAUCUGUGUAUAAAAUAUAGUCUAUAAUCCAAGUAGCGUUAAAUCCCUACGUGUUGUUUUGCCACAGGCGAAGAACACUGAAGAACCUGUACGAAAUCACACACACUCACUGAGGAGAACUUCACGGAUCCAUCUCCUCACAUGAUGUAUGUGUGAUAUAGAGUGUGAGUUUAUACUGAAACUGAAACAGACUGUAGUCAUCAGAACACACACACACACACACACACACACACACACACACAUACACACACACACACACACAUCUAUCCACUCUCUGACUGCUGAGCUGUAGGAUUUUAAUGCACAAAAUGAGCCUCGGUUUAUU